CCUCUCUACAUCUUCCCAAUUCACGUUACACUAAAACACGACAUAUCAUGGCUCCCCUCGCCUCGAUCGGCAUUCUCUCCAUUGGCCAAAUGGGCCUCGGCAUCGCGCGCCUCCUCGUCGCACAUAACUACCGCGUCCUCACAAACGUCAGCAACCGCAGCCAAUCCACGCAAGAGCGCGCAAAAUCCGCGUCCCUGGUCCUAGUACCCACGGACGCUGACCUAGUCCAAGAGAGUGAUUAUAUCCUAAGUAUUGUACCUCCAAGAGAUGCCGUCGCGACUGCGAAGAGGAUCGUAGAUGCGUGUAGGGAAGCAGAGGGGUUAAGAGCAGGAAAGAAAGAGCCGCUGUAUUAUCUCGAUCUGAACGCUGUAUCUCCGUCUACCGCUAGGAGCAUUGAUGAGCUCUUCAGAAGCAGCGCGCCGAGCGUACGCUUCAUCGACGGCGGCAUAAUCGGCGGGCCACCCACUCCCUCCUCUUCCACCAACUCCUCAGAAUGGACGCGCCCGGGCAUCCCCCUCUCUGGCUCCCAUUCCCUCGACGGGGCUCCCAUCUCAGGUGCCCACCUCGCCGAAACGCUCAACACGCGCUAUCUGGAUGCCAACAUCGGCAGCGCCUCGGGUUUGAAGUGCACCUUCGCCGCCCUCAGCAAAGGCUUCACAGCCCUCGCCCUGCAAUCUUUCACUACAGCUACUAAUCUGGGCGUCCUCCCGCACCUGCAGCACUACCUGGGCAUCUACAAUCCUAGCGUUGCCGCCCGCGCUGAGAAAAGCAUCAUCGGCUGCACGGGGAAAGCGUAUCGUUGGGUAGAGGAGAUGCAUCAGAUUGGGGAGUGCUUUGCGGAGGAGGGCGGAUGGAGGGAGCAGGCGAAGGUGUUUAGGGAGAUUGCGGGCGUGUAUGAAGGGCUGGCGAAGGUGGUGGAGAGGAGAGGGACGGAGGGGAUGCGGGACGCGGAAGGGGUUGUAGGGGCGUUAGGGGAGGGUUUGAAAGGGAGGGAGAGGAGGGUGAGUGUGGAGAAGUUGGAGCAGGAUGAUCGGUGA